AUGGAGUUGAGUUUUCAGUACGUUCCUCAAAAGGCUGUAAAGGGCCAGGCUUUAGCGGAUUUUCUUGCUGAUCAUCCAUGCGUGGAUAUCGGCGAUGAGUCUGAGUUAAGUCUGAGCACCCUUGAGAUAUCACUUACUCCUUGGACACUGCUCUUUGACGGACGAAGGACUCAAGAGCGUGUUCCUGCAGCUGAUUAUCAUGCUGUGGUCAAACCUUGGCCAUUUAGAGGUUGGGCCCUUAACGUAACUGGAAAAAUUUAUCCACCCUCUUCAGGAAAUCAUACUUACAUCUUGGUAGCCACAGACUAUUUCACCAAGUGGGCAGAAGCGGUGCCAUUAAAGUGUGUGGAUCAACAAGAGGUAAUCAAGGUGAUCAAGAAAAGAAUCAUCCAUAGGUUUGGACUGCCUGAACACUUAGUUGCAGAUAGGGGUACAAUAUUUAUGGGGGAACAAGUGGUUAACUUUGCUGCACAGCAAAAUAUUAUUAUCUCCAAUUCUACUCCUUAUUACGCACAAGGAAAUGGCCAAGCUGAAUCCACUAACACGACUCUUGUCAACAUUAUCGAGAAAAUGGUGGAAGAUAAUCCAAGGGCCUGGCACGAAUUGCUUUCUGAGGCCUUAUGGGCCUACAGAACCUCAAAGAAUGAAGCCACCAAUAUAACUCCUUAUAUGUUGGUAUAUGGGCAUGACCCAGUCCUACCAAUGGAGGUAGCAGUAAAGUCAGCAAGAAUAGCAUAUCAAAAUGGCAUCACUCCUGCAGAUUAUACUCAGGCCAUGCUGAUGGAGCUUGAGGACUUGGACGAGGUUAGGCUUGUAACCCUUGAUCAUAUGUUGGUUCAGAAAAGAAGAGUCGCUAGAUCUUAUGACAAACGUGUAAGGAGAAAGAGCUUUACUGAGGGUGACUUGGUUUGGAAGGCAGUCUUUCCCUUAGGGGAAAAGAACCCAAGAUAUGGCAAGUGGUCUCCAACCUGGGAAGGACCUUACCAGAUUGCUCAAGUCCUUAGAGGUAAUGUCUAUCUUCUUAUGGACCUAAAUGGCGGUCUGUUUAAGCAUUUAACAAAUGGAAAGUACCUAAAGCAUCACUAUCCUACUAUGUGGGAGAUGAGAGACUUUGGAGAAAUUCAAUCUACCAAACCAUAA